CUUAAGGAAUUACCUCUGGCUUAAACUUAAUUAAUUAGAGAAUAAACUGAAACAGAAAGUUAUCAGAAAGGGCGAUGGAAUUAGCUAAAACAAUUCCCUAUAUAAUUUCAUCACCAUAUGGAAUUAAUUAGAAACCAAACCUUCAUUUCUACGGUUCCUGACAUUGAAAUUCUAACAAGAAAAUAUGGGCGGUUCUACUGAGCAUAUUGUUAUGCUUCCUUUAAUGGCUCAUGGCCAUCUUAUUCCUCUUCUAGCGUUAGCAAGAGAAAUUCACCAGCGAAAAGGCUUCACCAUCACCAUCGCCAGCACUCCUCUCAAUAUCAAAUAUCUUCGCUCAACUAUUUGCAAAGACUCUAGCUCAACAACUGAUCGUCAAUCGGCCAUCCAUCUAGCUGAGCUACCUUUCUGCUGCUCUGGCUUACCCCCCAACUCUGAUAACACCGAGAACUUGCAUGUGGAUCAAAUCGGUACACUCCUCCGCUCGACGAUUAGCCUUGAAACCCCAUUCCAUCGCUUAUUAUUGGAUAUCAUUGAAAGAGAUGGGAAGCCUCCUAUGUGUGUAAUAUCAGACUUUUUCAUGGGGUGGGCGGUGGAUGUUGCAAAGGCUGUGGGCACUUCUAGUGUUACAUUUACCCCGCUUGGUGCUUAUGGCACCCUGGCUUAUUGGUCUUCAUGGUUAAAUGUCCCACACGGCAUCAUAGAUUCUGAAGAAUUCCAUUUGCCUGGCUUUCCUGAUACAUGUCGUUUUCCUGUAUCAACCCUGACUCCAAAUCUACGGAUGGCUGAUGGUAAUGAUUCAUGGUCAAGGAUUAUUCAACCGCAGAUUUUGAGUGCUUUCCAGUCUUCGGGGUACUUGUGUCACACAGUUGAAGAACUUGAGCAUCUUGCGUUAGAAUGGCUGAGAAAAUACACAAAUCUUCCUGUUUGGCCAGUUGGUCCUCUUCUGCCCCAAACCGUGCUGAAUAAUUCAUCUUCUUCAGGUUCUUUCAUUUCCAAACAACGCACGGGAAAAGAGUCUGGAAUAUCUCUAGAGCGAUGUCUCGAGUGGCUUGAUUCGCACCGUCCUGCUUCAGUUCUUUACAUAUCAUUUGGCUCACAAAACGCUAUCAGUCAGUCUCAAAUGAUGAACUUAGCCACCGGUUUGGAGAGCAGCAAAACCCCUUUCAUUUGGGUAAUAAGGCCUCCACGAGGUUUUGACUUGAUAGGUGAAUUUAAAGCAGAGUGGUUACCGGAAAAAUUUGAAGACCGGAUGAGAGAGAGUAAGCAAGGGUUGCUGGUGAAGAACUGGGCUCCCCAAUUAGAGAUCUUGAUGCAUAAGUCUACUGGAGCAUUCCUGAGCCACUGUGGAUGGAACUCGGUGCUGGAGAGCCUGAGUCAAGGUGUUCCAAUCAUAGGAUGGCCAUUGGAAGCAGAGCAAAUAUUCAAUUGCAAGAUGCUGAUGGAGGAAAUGGGUGUUUGUGUAGAGUUGACAAGAGGAGCUCAAAGUACUAUUGAAGGGGGAAAGGUGGAAAAAGUUAUACAAAUGGUAAUGGACAAGGAAGGAAAAGGAGGGGAGAUGAAAAGGAAGGCUGUGGAGACAGGGAAGAAAAUAAGGGCAGCAAAGAGACAGGAAGGGGAGGAGAAGGGAUCUUCCAUUAAAGCUUUGGAUGAUUUUGUUGCUGCUAUUAUUGCAAUGAGAAAGGAGCAAUGUGUUGGUUCCAUGAGAAAUGAAUAAAGUUAUUGUAUUUGUAGUCGAGAUAAUCAAAAGAAUUCAACUAUUGCUUCUCGAUCAAAUGUCCAAUAAUAGUGAUCAUAAGUAUUAUAAAUCUAUAAUUUUAGAGAACCAACACUUUUCUGGUA